GCUGUGUCCAAUUCAGGGGUGGACUGACAACUCAUGGGGCCCCCGGGCAAUAGGGAAUCAUGGGGCCCCUGUGUCCUCGCCCAAACUCAAAAAAGCCUAUGAAAAAGGUACCAGGAGCAUCUCAUGGGGCCCCCUACUGACCCCGGGCCCUCGGGCGGUGCCCGAGUUUCCAAAUGGUCAGUCCGCCCCUGGUCCAAUCACAGCUGAUCGCAUCUGUUAUGCUGACAGCUCUAGAGGAGAGGAGAGCCGGUAAUCGGCAUUCCUCAGAGGGGACAUGUACACUGAUCAUCAGGGCACUGAUGAUCAGUGUGCCCUGAUGAUUAGUGUAGCCCCAGCAGUGCCACCUGUCAGUGUCCAUCAAUGUCAGCUGUCAGUGCCCAUCAGUGCCACAUCAAUGCCAUAUAUCAGUGCCCAUCUGAGCUGCCUUUCAGUGUCACCUAUCAGUGCCAGUCAGUGCCAACUAUCAAUGCCAGUCAGUGCCACCUAUCAGUGCUGCCAAUCAGUGCCCCAUCUAUCAGUGCCAGUCAGUGCCGCCUAUCAGUGCCAGUCAGUGCCGACUAUCAGUGUGCAUCAGUGCCGCCUAUCAGUGCCUGUCAGUGCUGCCUAUCAGUGCCAGUCAGUG